AUGACGGGAGGAAGUGACACUGCCGCUGGGAUCGCACCAGUCCGUCACGCCAUCAACUUCGAUGCCCUAACAGCCUACAUCUCCACCAACGUUCCCGAUAUCAAAUGCCCCAUCGACGUCAAGCAGUUCACCCACGGCCAGUCAAACCCAACCUAUGUUCUUACGGACGCCGCGAACGAACGCUACGUCCUCCGCAAAAAGCCACCGGGUCAACUCCUCUCGAAAACCGCACAUGCCGUCGAGCGUGAAUACAAAGUCCUCCGCGCAAUCCAGGACACACCCGUUCCCGUCCCGAAAGUCUACUGCUUGUGCGAGGAUGAGUCCAUCGUGGGCACCCCAUUUUACAUCAUGCAAUUCCUCAAAGGCCGAAUUUUCACAAACCCCCGUCUCCCAGACCUCUCCGCCGAAGAACAAUGCCUCUGCUGGCGCGCCGCAAUCCAGACCCUCGCACGCCUCCACGCCGUGGACGCCAAAUCCGUAGGUCUCUCUUCGUACGGUAAAUUCGGCGGCUUCUAUACGCGGCAGAUUAAGACGCUGUCAACGAUCUCUGCGGCACAAGGCGCUGUCAAGGAUGAAGACUCGGGGAAGGCGGUUGGGCCGAUCCCGUAUUUCGAGGAGUGCAUGAAGUGGUUUGCGGAGAAUAUGCCGAAAGACCGAGCUGGAAUCACCCACGGCGAUUUCAAGAUGGAUAACCUAGUGUUUCAUCCAACCGAACCCCGCGUGAUCGGAAUCCUCGAUUGGGAGCUCAGCACGAUUGGACACCCCCUUUCUGAUCUGGCGAAUCUGUGUCAGCCGUUCUCGCUGCCUAAAUCAGAUGGGGCAGUAUCAGGCUUCAAAGGCGACCCGGAAGUCGAGGGGAGCGGCGUACCAACCCUUGAUGAAGUCCUGGGAUGGUACCACGAAAUGGCGGGAUGGGAUCCGAGACCUGAGUGGGCCUAUGGCGAAGCCUUUGCGCAUAUCAGGUUGGCUGUCAUUUCACAGGGUAUUGCGGCGAGAUUCGCUAGGAAACAGGCGAGUUCGCCGAAUGCGCAGAGGAGUGCGAGUAUGUUUCCGCGGUUGGGACGGUUGGCGUGGGAGACGAUUCAGAGGAAAGAGGGUGAGAAACGUGAGAAGUCAAAGCUUUGA